UAUUCCGUCACUACUAAGGCACUGCUGCCCAGCCUACUUCUUGGGCCUGGAUUGCGCGCGAUAGUCGGCGCCAUUUAACUCACCUCUUCAACGAUGAAGAUCCAUGAAUAUUGCUGUUGUGCAAUCCCGUUGCAUAAUUUUGGCAUUUACUGUGUGCUCAUCGAGUCAAUGGUUGUGGGCAUAGUUGCUGGCACACUUUCGAUAGCAGCUCCGGCCAUCGUUGGCGCGAAUCUUCCUUCGUUUGCAAAAUGGAUUUUUGCCCUCGUGUGCUAUGCAGCUGCUGGAAUUCAGCUGAUAGGAUUCUUAGGGGUCUUCAAGGAUAAACCCAAAUUAUUCAAGACCUACCAGCGCCUCAACAUGAUAGUCAUCGCAGCCGCUUUUGGAGUGGCUGCUGCCUUCAUUGGACUUGCCGCUGGACGGCACAAGACUGCGGUGACUAAAUGCCAGGAUCACUUCUAUAAAUCGAAUAACAGCACAUCAGCAGUUGACGAGCAUAGUAACACCAUUUGUAGUGUAUUUGCAUGGGUGGACGUGGGGAUUAUGCUCGGUCUAUGGGUUUUACUGGCAAUCAUCCAGUUCUAUUUUGUUGUUGUUACCCGGUGGUAUACGACCGCCCAAGCUGAAGACCACAAGAGACACCUUAGGAUCUAUUCGAUCGAUGCUGGUGGUCCAGACGACAUCCCCCUCAACAACCGAACGAACAACGAAUGGAACUCGAGGGCGUUCCCUGUAACUGAUCCGUAUGACAAUCAAGGCCAGUCGACACCACGAGAGGAACAGUAUAUUCCACCCAACGCUGACUCGACGUAUUAUCACUCACCGUAUCAUUAUGACUAUGAAGAUGGGCCCGGUCCGUCCCGGGACGGCCCAAGUGACGACGGACAUACAUCCCUGCCGGUUGAAGGCCAGGGACACCAAUAUCAGCACAGACCACAGUAUUAGGAAAAUCCAGCU